GAUUCAGAUUUGCAAAUGCAAACCCAUCUCAACAAACGCCCUCACUAAGCCCCCACAAACCAUACCAAACUCAGCUCUCUUAAUUAGCCACCAAACCUUAGAGAAAGCUAACACAAAAUCAGAUCAGAUCAGAUAUUUACACAUAAAAGUCAGAUAAAGUUACGAUUUUUAUCAAUCUAAGCCCUGUUGUUUUUUCAAGAAUCCCAGAUUAGGUGUUCUAGAGUAAAGUUUCAAAUUUUAAUCCGGUAGGGAUAAGAUUAUGGUGCAUUGCAAUUGAUUUUGAGCUGACAAGAUUAGAGGUUUGCUUGACGUAAAAAUUAUAAAUGCGGGCCUGGAUGUCUAGGCCAUUCGGGUUGUGUCAGUUUAGAUGGCUCUGAUCCUAUACAAGAAAGGAGAUGGUAGAGAGCGAUUUGAACACAGAAAAAGCUGAACAGAGUGGAGGCAGCGAAGUUUCAAAGGGAGAUAAGGAAGUUGGUUUUCGAAGGGAGUUGUCUUUCUCAGGCUGGUGUGACGAGAAUGGAGUAUUCCAUUCACAUCAACUUGAAAAUGAGGAUGCCAACGUGGAUGAUUUCAAGUUUGAGUUGCCCUUAGUUCAGCAAAGUGGAUCCAAGAAUGGGUUUCUAGAAAAAGACAGACAAGCUUUUGGUAAGUUCAAGCAAAUUAUGGAGGGCGUUCAUAUAAGAGAUGCCAGUAGACACAGUAUAGGGAAUGGAAACGAGAAUUAUCUGCCUUUCGAUAUUGAAUCUGGUUCGGGGAAUGAUCAGAUUUACUCUGACACGGAGGACAGCCACCCAAGUAAUCAUGAAGCGUCACAAAAGACGUCAAGAGCAGUUGUUUCUGUUGCUGAUGUGCUAAAGACCUUGUUUUUCAUACUUGUCUGGUACACUUUCAGUACAUUCUUGACAUUGUAUAAUAAGACUCUUCUAGGUGAUGAUAUGGGGAAGUUUCCUGCUCCCUUAAUGAUGAAUACUGUCCACUUUGCAAUGCAAGCUGUUUUAUCCAAAGCCAUAACAUGGUUCUGGUCUCAUAGAUUUCAGCCCACUGUAAUCAUGUCUUGGAGAGAUUACUUUGUGAGAGUUGUACCAACAGCUCUUAGCACUGCCAUGGAUGUUAACCUGAGCAACGCAUCCCUUGUUUUCAUCUCUGUUACCUUUGCCACUAUGUGUAAAUCAGCAUCACCGAUAUUCCUGCUUAUAUUUGCCUUUGCAUUCAGGUUGGAAUCUCCAAGUCUUAAGCUGUUUGGCAUAAUGUUAAUAAUCUCUGUUGGGAUAUUGUUGACAGUUGCAAAGGAGACCGAGUUUGAAUUUUGGGGUUUCAUCUUUGUUAUGCUUGCUGCUGUAAUGUCUGGGUUUAGAUGGACUAUGACUCAAAUUCUUCUUCAGAAAGAAGUCUAUGGUCUGAAAAAUCCACUUACCUUAAUGAGCUAUGUGACUCCAAUAAUGGCAAUUGCUACAGCUUUUCUGUCUCUAAUAUUGGAUCCAUGGCAUGAGAUAAAAAGUAGCGACUACUUUGAUAGCUCAUGGCACAUAGUCAAAAGUUGCUUGCUGAUGUUUUUUGGUGGAACUCUUGCUUUCUUUAUGGUAUUAACAGAAUAUAUUCUUGUAUCAGUAACAAGUGCAGUAACAGUAACAAUAGCUGGAGUUGUCAAAGAAGCUGUCACCAUAUUGGUUGCAGUGUUUUACUUCCACGAUGACUUCACCUUUUUAAAAGGAGUUGGUCUUGUUACAAUAAUGGUCGGUGUCAGUUUAUUCAACUGGUACAAAUACCUGAAGCUGCAGAAGGGUGAUAGACCUGAAGGUGAAAUGAGAGGUUCACCAACAGAAAGUGCUGCUGCAAAAUAUGUUAUUCUUGAAGAGAUGGAUGAUCAACUGGACGGCCCUUGAAACUUGAUGUAAUUGUUUGCUCAUUAUGUGAAAUUCAAUGACUGCUGAAAGUGGUGGGAGAUACUUCAAUUAUUGUAGCAGAGAGAAGAAGUUGGAAUAUUUGCAUGGAAGAAGCUCAAAUUGUUUCCCCUUGUGAAUAAACGGUUCAAAGAAGCAUUUGCUGGCUAGAGAUGCGGAAACAUGGCUCUUCAGUCAUUGCUGAUGUCUUCCAUCAGAGAUAGAUAUGUGCCAAGAAAAGGAAGAUUAUUAUUAUUAUUUUUUUUUUGUAGCAAUAGAUGAACUUUUAUCAUCAAUCAAUUACGCUCCGGGGAUACAAAGUCCCAAUUUUUGUUGGAAAGGACAUGCCUGUAUAUUUGUAUUUUAGAUGAAACAUUAUUUUCCUCUUAUCAAAAUUUUGACAUUGUUUCCGACUGUUAAAAUGUUGAUAAUGAAUUGGCAUAGAAGAUUUGGCAGUA